CCUGCCAACGAAAAAUUAUUUCAGUAAUCAAGUUGGCCUAAGCAAACUGUCGAGACCUUUCAAGGCACUUGAAAAUCAUUCCCAAUAACGAUGGCGAAGAAAACGAAUAACAAGCUUAGCGAGAGCGAUUUGGAUAUCGGUCAUGAUCUGGCGUUUGUGGAUAGCCUGCUCGGGGACCUUCAGUUGGAGGCGGAACCGGAGACGCGUGGCGUUAUUCUGAACCUGGCUUACACUUUGGCACGCGAAAAACUGGAGGAGGCCCAACGCUUCGCCAAGCUGGCGAACCGUUCCAACGUGAGUGUCGAGGACCUGGAGAUGGCGAAGCUGCAGAAGACCCGCAAGCUGAGGAAGACCGAGGAGCCGAGCAAGCGCUCGAUGAAGCUGCUGGCCAAGCACACCAGCCAGGAUGCUGCUCUGCCCCUGCCGCGCUCGGACGAGGGAGGCAUGCUGCCCACCUGGCGCAGCUGUCAGAUUGGCGUAAAGGGCAUUCUGAAGGACAAGAGCGCUCAACCGCCGAAGCCAAAGCGGAGGAUGACAAAGCCGGAUAAGACGGAGGCUGCCACUCCUUCCACUUCCGCUACUGCUACUCCUUCCAGGCGUUCCACUUGCACUGCAGCCGCUCCUUCCAAGCCUAAUCCAACUUAAAUUUGGAUUCCUUAGCAUAAUCUUCUAUAAUAUAAAGAGGUUUUAUUUUA